CCCACUUUGACACAACAGGAACUGCGCCUUGACUUUUGGCAGCUUCGCAGUCGAACUCUGACUUCCAGUCAACAACUUUAUCCGUCCUUCACCAACCAGGAACGCAUUUUUGAUUGCCGGUAUCGAUUUCUUCAUUUCGGAGCAGUUGGUCGUUGGUCCUCUUUUCACUUCUCUUACCGACUUUUCGCUUCGUUUGUUUUAUAUUCGGCGCCCGUACUUAAUUCCACUACUAGGCGCGGUACCGCGUUUGACAUCUUGACCACCACCACGACCAAAGGCGCGUGGAGAACACCGACAUCAUGACAGAACCCGAGAAUUUCGACGAUGAGCUGUUUGCCGAUCUCUAUAACGACGAUGAUGCGGUACCAGCGCCCAAGCCGGCUGCCGCAGCCCAGCCUGUUCAGUACGCAGCCGUGCAACCGACCAUCGAGACCCGGCAGGAGGACAGCUACGACCCCAAUCAGUACAACGACUACAGUGGUGGAGGUGAAAAUGGCAACAUGAACCAGGACGAUGAAGAAGAAGAGGACGAUGACGAUGACAUCGAUUUCAACCUCGGAAACGGCCCUUCGACCACGCUGGCCCCCCAUGACCAGCAAGACUACAAUGACAGCCAUAAUAAAAACAACAACAACAACAGCAGCAACAGCAGCAGCAACAACAACAACUCUCACCAUGAGGAGAGGCAGUCGUACAGUGCGCCCUCAGCGCCUCCUGCUCAUACCAAAGGCCCCAAUGCCAAAGAAGACGGGUAA